AUUACGGUACAGAGUCAAUGUGGAGGCUAUAUACAGGGUGUUACGGUACAGAGUCAAUGUGGAGGCUAUAUACAGGGUGUUACGGUACAGAGUCAAUGUGGAGGCUAUAUACAUGGUAUUACGGUACAGAGUCAAUGUGGAGGCUAUAUACAGGGUAUUACGGUACAGAGUCAAUGUGGAGGCUAUAUACAGGGUGUUACGGUACAGAGUCAAUGUGGAGGCUAUAUACAGGGUAUUACGGUACAGAGUCAAUGUGGAGACUAUAUACAGGGGGUACCGGUACAGAGUCCAUGUGGAGGCUAUAUACAGGGUGUUACGGUACAGAGUCAAUGUGGAGGCUAUAUACAGGGUAUUACGGUACAGAGUCAAUGUGGAGACUAUAUACAGGGGGUACCGGUACAGAGUCAAUGUGGAGGCUAUAUACAGGGGGUACCGGUACAGAGUCAAUGUGGAGGCUAUAUACAGGGGGUACCGGUACAGAGUCAAUGUGGAGACUAUAUACAGGGGGUACCGGUACAGAGUCAAUGUGGAGACUAUAUACAGGGGGUACCGGUACAGAGUCAAUGUGGAGGCUAUAUACAGGGUGUUACGGUACAGAGUCAAUGUGGAGGCUAUACACAGGGGGUACCGGUACAGAGUCAAUGUGGAGACUAUAUACAGGGGGUACCGGUACAGAGUCAAUGUGGAGGCUAUAUACAGGGUAUUACGGUACAGAGUCAAUGUGGAGACUAUAUACAGGGGGUACCGGUACAGAGUCCAUGUGGAGGCUAUAUACAGGGUGUUACGGUACAGAGUCAAUGUGGAGGCUAUAUACAGGGUAUUACGGUACAGAGUCAAUGUGGAGACUAUAUACAGGGGGUACCGGUACAGAGUCAAUGUGGAGGCUAUAUACAGGGGGUACCGGUACAGAGUCAAUGUGGAGGCUAUAUACAGGGGGUACCGGUACAGAGUCAAUGUGGAGGCUAUAUACAGGGGGUACCGGUACAGAGUCAAUGUGGAGACUAUAUACAGGGGGUACCGGUACAGAGUCAUUGUGGAGACUAUAUACAGGGGGUACCGGUACAGAGUCAAUGUGGAGACUAUAUACAGGGGGUACCGGUACAGAGUCAAUGUGGAGGCUAUAUACAGGGGGUACCGGUACAGAGUCAAUGUGGAGGCUAUAUACAGGGUGUACCGGUACAGAGUCAAUGUGGAGGCUAUAUACAGGGUAUUACGGUACAGAGUCAAUGUGGAGACUAUAUACAGGGGGUACCGGUACAGAGUCCAUGUGGAGGCUAUAUACAGGGUGUUACGGUACAGAGUCAAUGUGGAGGCUAUAUACAGGGUAUUACGGUACAGAGUCAAUGUGGAGGCUAUAUACAGGGUAUUACGGUACAGAGUCAAUGUGGAGACUAUAUACAGGGGGUACCGGUACAGAGUCCAUGUGGAGGCUAUAUACAGGGUGUUACGGUACAGAGUCAAUGUGGAGGCUAUAUACAGGGUGUUACGGUACAGAGUCAAUGUGGAGGCUAUAUACAGGGGGUUACGGUACAGAGUCAAUGUGGAGGCUAUAUACAGGGGGUACAGGUACAGAGUCAAUGUGGAGGCUAUAUACAGGGUAUUACGGUACAGAGUCAAUGUAGAGGCUAUAUACAGGGGGUACCGGUACAGAGUCAAUGUGGAGGCUAUAUACAGGGGGUACCGGUACAGAGUCAAUGUGGAGGCUAUAUACAGGGGGUACCGGUACAGAGUCAAGGUGGAGGCUAUAUACAGGGGGUACCGGUACAGAGUCAAUGUGGAGGCUAUAUACAGGGGGUACCGGUACAGAGUCAAUGUGGAGGCUAUAUACAGGGGGUACCGGUACAGAGUCAAUGUGGAGGCUAUAUACAGGGGGUACCGGUACAGAGUCAAUGUGGAGACUAUAUACAGGGGGUACCAGUACAGAGUCAAUGUGUAGGGGUACAGGUGGCGUAUUGUCUUAGGUAAAUAAGGUCAUUCUGUUUUAUGAAUGAGCAAACUUUUCUAAACCCGUUUUUGCUUUUGCCUCGUGGGGUUUUGUGUGUAGAUUG